AUGAAUCGUGCUUGCAGUGGUCGUCUUUGUAACAAAUGCGGCAAAUGUUGCGAUUGGGUUUACUCUAGUUAUGAUAAAGGCGAUAGCCAAUGGAUCCGUAAUUGGAAGAACUGGAAUCUAGAAGAUUGGAAGCGUUGGGAGAAUCAUCGUUUGUGGAAUAAUUUCGAACGGCGUGAUAAUGCACAAUGUCGUUAUAGUGCUGUUGAUCCUCAUUGCCAUUAUACUGGUCUUAUUUAUCGUGAUAUUGGCUGUGCUACAUGCUUGUGCGAUACAACUUUCGAAGCAAAAUGGCGCAACGAUACUGGCGCAUUUUCAACACGCAUUAAUGUGUAUUCAAAUUACUGA